AAGCCCUCCGUCUCAGAGAUGCUGCCGCUGCUGCUGUCCCUGCUGUGGGCAGGGUCCCUGGCUCAGGACUGGAGUUACCGGCUGGAGGUGCAGGAGUCCGUGACGGUGCAGGAGGGCCUGUGUGUCCACGUGCCCUGCUCCUUCUACUACCCCCAGAGAUACCGGGAGAAGUCUGUUCCAGCUCACGGCUACUGGUUCCAGGAAGGGGCCGAUGAGAAGCUGGAUGCCCCUGUGGCCACAAACAACCCAGAUCGUAAAGUUCAGGAAGAGACCCAAGGCCGAUUCCACCUCCUAGGGGACCGUGGAGACAACAGUUGCUCCCUGGACAUCAGAGACGCCAGGAGGAGGGAUGAAGGUUCAUAUUUUUUUCGUGUGGAAAGAGGAAGAACGUUACGGAGUUAUAAGUUUAACCAGCUCUCCUUGCAUGUGACGGCCCUGAUGCACACACCCCACAUCCUCAUUUCUGGGACGCUGGAGUCUGGCCGCCCCAGAAACCUGACCUGCUCUGUGCCCUGGGCCUGUGAGCGGGGCACGCCCCCCAUCUUCUCCUGGAUGUCAGCUGCCCUCACCUCCCUGGGCCCCAGGACCCACCUCUCCUCAGUGCUCACCAUCACCCCACAGCCCCAGGACAAUGGCACCAACCUCACCUGUCAGGUGAAGUUCCCCACAAGUGGUGUGAUCGUGGAGAGGAUCAUCCAGCUCAAUGUCACCUGUGCUCCACAGAGCCCAGCAAGAGAUGAGUGCUUAGGGGAUGGCACAGGAAAAUCGGGGACCAGGGCAGGAGUGAUUGAGGGGGCCAUUGGGGGAGCUGGUGUCACCACGCUGCUUGCUCUCUGCCUCUGCCUCAUCUUCUUCACAGUGAAGACCUACGGGAAGAAGGCAGCCAGGACUGCAGUGGGUAUGGAGGACAUCCACCCUGCCACAGGGUCACCUUCCCUGGAUCACCAGCAAGAGUCCGAGUUAGAGGAUCCUCCUGACCCCACAAGCUCGGCAGGGGCCACCCCCACCUUGGAGAUGGAGCAGGAACUGCAUUACGCCUCCCUCACCUUUCAUAGGAUGCAUCCUCAGGAGAGCACCCACUCAGAAUACACGGAGAUCAGGACCAAGUAA